UAAAUUAUAAAUUAUAAACCACGUUAAUUGUGUGUUUAUGUGAUUUGUAUGAUUGUAUCUUUCUAUCAAAACAUAGCCGUAAAUAAAUAAGCGUCUCCACUCUCGCAUAUUCUCACUCUCAAUUCUAAACAUCUCAAAUUCGACUCAUCAUUCCAUUCGCAAAAUGGCUAUCGAAGUUUGUGUCAAAGCUGCUGUCGGUGCUCCUGAUAUCCUAGGCGACUGUCCAUUUAGCCAAAGGGUUCUUUUAACAUUGGAAGAGAAGAAAAUCCCUUAUCAGAUGCACCUUAUUGAUGUUAGUAACAAGCCCAAAUGGUUUUUGGAGGUGAAUCCUGAAGGGAAAGUACCAGUGAUUAAGUUGGAUGACAAAUGGGUUUCUGACUCUGAUGUCAUUGUUGGCCUUCUUGAGGAGAAAUAUCCUGAUCCUCCUCUUGCUUCUAACCCUGAAUUUUCAUCUGUGGGGUCUAAGAUCUUUUCGACUUUCGUGACUUUCUUGAAGAGCAAGGAUGCAAAUGAUGGGUCUGAACAAGCUCUGAUUGUUGAGUUGAAGGCACUAGAUGACCAUCUCAAAUCUCAUGGACCUUACGUGUGUGGACAGAAAGUUACUGCUGUUGAUUUGAGCCUGGCACCGAAGCUCUACCAUCUUGAGGUAGCCCUUGGCCACUUUAAGAAAUGGUCUGUUCCUGAAAACUUAUCUUGUGUUCGUGAAUACAUGAAGUUACUCUUUGCUCGUGAGUCUUUUGAGAAAACCAAAGCAGCCAAAGAACAUGUUAUUGCUGGUUGGGCACCAAAGGUGAAUGCAUGAAUCUGCAUCAGUAGAUACUGAACUAAAUACUAGCAGAAGUUCAUUAUGAUCUUGUGCUGGUGAGGUAUCUAGUAUCGAUGUUAAUAUUGAAAUAAAACGCAUUAGCACGAAGCUGAUGAAUUGGUGCAGGGAUGUUACUUCAAUGCUUGUAACCAAAACAUCAUUUCGAGUACUAAUGCACAUACUGGUUUGUCACUUUGUUGCA